AUGCCUGCGACGCCGCGCUUCAAGGUGUCCCAGACGGACCUUGCCGUGGUGGUGUGCAUCAAGGUGCCGCACAUUCGCGUAGGGAGCGCGGAGACGCACGUGGAUGGGACGGAGUUCUCCUUCUACUGCAAGCCCUACCUACUCCGGCUGACGCUCCCGUACGAGGUCGGGGGGGAGGACGACGACGGCAGCUGCAAGGCGGUGUACGACCCGAGCGACGAGAACGGCACCAUCACCGUGACUCUCAAGAAGGCCGCCCCGGCGCCCGCUCCUAAGGUCGAGAAGAAGGCCCCGGCCCCAGCGCCUGCUCCCAAGGUCGAGCCUAAGCCUGCUCCUACUCCUAAGGUCGAGCCGAUCGCCCCCCCGCCCGCGCCCGCUCCCAAGGUCGAGCCGGUCGCCCCCCCGCCCGCGCCCGCUCCCAAGGUCGAGCCUAAGCCCCCCGCGCCGGCGCCCGCUCCCAAGGUAGAGCCGAAGAAGGCCCCGGCCCCCGCGCCGGUACCAGCUGCGAAGGCCCCUGAGGUCGCCGCCGUCAAGAAGGUCGCCGCUCCCGCUCCCCCGCCGCCGCCGCCGGCUGUCGCUCCCGCCGCUCCGAAGGCCGCGGCGCCGAAGUCCAUGGCGCCGAAGCCGGCGCCCAAGCCGAAGCCGGCCCCCGCGCCCAAGAAGCCCAGCGGGCCUUCUCCGCAGGCUCAAAAGGCUGCCCAGGCGAAGGCCAAGGCGGCCGCGGAAGCUAAGGAGAGGGAGGAGAAGGCCGCGGCUUUGGCCGCGGAGAAGGCCGCGGCGGCCGAGAAGAAGGCUCUCACGGAUAAGAUUAAGGCCGCGCGGGAAGACUUCGGGACGGUGAAGAUGGGACCUGACAAGAAGGCGAUCGCGACGACGACGACGACCAAGGUAGCGUCGAAGCCAACCAAGGACCCGCAGGAGGUCGCCUUGGAGGAGAUCCGUGCACAAAGAUCAGCGGCGAUGAAGACUGUCCGUACGCAGUCGGAGGUGCUGAAAGCGGCCCAAAUCAAGCUGAGCGACAACAACAAGAAGCUCGAGAGCGCGGAGAAGAAGAUCGCCGAUGACAAAUUCAAGAUGAAGACCACCAAGACGCCGAAGGUCCGCACGCAGCUGGCGGUGGAGAUAGCGGAGAAGCAGCAGGUGGCGGCGAAGGCGCGGGCCAACAUCAACGAAGCGGAGGCGGUCAUCAAGGCCGCCGGGAAAGAGGUGCAAGAUGCGACAAAGGAGUCGAAGGCACUGUCGGCACGGCAAGUGAGGGAAGAAGCGUCCCGCAAGGCCGCUCAGGCAAAGGAGGCCAAGGCAAGCGCGGACGCCAAGGUCAAGGCCGACGAGGACGCCAAGAAGCAGAAGAAGAAGUCGAUCCAGGCGGCGCAGGCAAGAGCGGAGCAGAAGAAGAAGGACAUCGCUAAGGCUAAGGUGGAUGCCGCCAAGGCCAAGGAGAACGUCUUCAAGGAGAAGCAACUCAAGGUGAUUCCGGGGCAACAUUUCCCCGACCUCGAUCUAACGACGACCCUCAUGCAGCCCCGCUGGACACCCAAGGACUUGCUGAAAGAGCGCCCGAGCGGCGGAGACGAAGGCGGGGCCGAGGGCGUCGUGCCUGCCUCCUCCUUCUCCGGCGUCGAGGUGGUCUCGUCGGAGCGCUACGAUGUCCAUGACGACGGCGACGACGGAGCCGCGGGCAACAGCGGUAGCGGUGGUAGUGUUGGUGCGGAUGGCGGUGGUGGUUCACGCCUCCCUGCUGGGGGCUCCGGUGUGGCGGGAACCGGCGCCGGCGCAGCGGCGGAAGGGCGACGAGCGGGAGGGGAGGGCGGCGGAGUGGGCGCUGAGGUCUUGAUCCGGCCUCCGAGUUACGGGUUCAACGACAAGUUCAGCGGUUUUUUCACGUCCCUGAGGGAAGAGCUUCGUGAGAUGAUUCAUCUGCCGAACCCAGACAAGACUCCUGCUGAGGCCAGACGAGGCCUUCGACUAGAGCACGAGCAGGCCGCCUUCGACCCGGACCGGUACCUCGGCGACCUCUUCACCGAGGAAGAAGACCCGCUCCUCACGGAAGCGCUAGCGUUCGAGCCCCACUGGCGACUGAGGCUGGGGGCACAGCAGCAGCAGCAGCGGCGUCGUCGUCGACAACGGCGGAGAGGGCAUGCGCAAGAUCAAGGCAACGAGGAAGAGGAUAAGCGGCAGGGGGUUGACGGAGGAGGAGGAGGACGAGGAGGAGCGUCGCCGGCCGGGGAUGGUGGUAGAGAGGGAGCUCCAGAAGACGGGGCUUUGCUGCAGGGGGCAAGAGGAGGUGUAGAAGGCGUUGUUGAGGCGGAGGGCCGAGGGGAUGGGGGACAGGAUGAGGAGGAGGAGGGUUUUACGGAGGUGGAGCAGGAGCAGAUGAGGCGUCUUCCCAACCGCGAGUACCUAAUCGAAGCCGGGAGUGCGGAGGAGAGGCGUGUCUUGCUCGGCCUGGCGGACAUCUUGUUCGCCUAUGCGUACGACCACCGGACCACGACGGGCGACGCCACCGUCGAGAGCCCCUGGACCGUGGCCGUUCUUAGCCCGCUCCUCAGCUGGCUCGAGGCCCCUGCGGAGGGGGGGGACGUGGCAGAGUCAUCCCCUGUCGCCGCCGACGCCUCCGCCGAGACCGACGUGGCCCUGGCCGGCAUCCGCCGCAGCCUGAUCUUCCCGUACCUCAGGGUGUGGGAGCUGGGUGCUCUGGUGGCGAGGGACGUGAGGGACAUCCUGGCGGCCGGCAAGCGAUGCAUCUUGCGCUGCCUGUUGCAGACGUACGCCCUAAUGGAGAGAGGGGAGGUGCACUACCUGCUGAACAAGCUCUUCGUCGAGGACUACUGCGUGUGGAUCCAGAAGGCUUCCGAGGAGUCUCUCGUCGCUUUGGCGGAGCGUUACGCUGCCGCCGCGAAUUCGAUCACAAAAAGCGGGGCUUGCCUGGACCUAGAGAGGAUCGAGGCGGACGCCGAAAGGGUGAUCGCAGCGGGGCGGGGCGGCAGCGAUGACGAAGAAGAAAGUUCGGCGGAAGAAGAGAGUUCGGAUGAAGAAGAAGGAGACUCUUCCGAGGAAAGUUCGGAUGAAGGUUCCGAAGAAAGCUCUGACGAGGACAGCAGCGCCGACGAAGACGGAGGCGACGGCGGCGGCGGCGAGGGGAAGAAGGCGGAGGCGCAGCCGGGGGGCGAUGAAACAUCGGGAGGUGGCAUCGGACGGACGCCGGCGGCUCCUUCGACACAGGCACACAGCAGCGAGGCCCUCGCUUCGCCUGCGGCUGCACAUGGCGCCAAUGCUGCUGCUGUUGCCGCUGCUGCUGACACGGAUGCAACUGCAUUGUCGAACGAGGCCGCGAGGUCGGGCGCAUCAGGGGCAGCCGCAACGGCUGUAGGUAACGCCAACGGCAGCAGCACCAACAAUAGCGGUGGAAGAGGUGGAGAGAGGGACCCUCAGCGGUCCACAACUACUGCCGUAGCUCCCGGCAGAACUGGCGCCGCCGACGACGACACCAGCAAGCCCUCCGCUUCCCGAGCGGUCGAGCGAAACACAGACCUCCUGCAGCUAGAAUCGCUCGCAGACAAGGCUUCGCGAGGGGGCGCGACGUCAUCAUCGGCUCUUGCGAGCAAGCUGUCGGGUCUGAGCCUCGGAGAACAUGGAGCGCCGAUCCUCCCGGGAGGCGGUGUUGGUGUCGGGAAGGCGGUGGUUGGGUCACCGCCGCCGCCUCCGCCUUCCUCUUCGGAAGCGGUUGGCAGCAGCGCUGGCGAUGGCGGCAGCGGCGGCGGGGGAGAGGGCAAGGGCCGGCGAAAAAAGCUGAUCGAGGAGUUGUAGAAGACGAUGGCGUCGGGCAGAACGGAAGCGGCGAGGUUGUUGCUGUUUUUUGUUUGGAAGCCCCUUCUUAGAGAGUUAAUCGCGUGUCCCCCUCUCGAGGCCGAAUCACUCCCUCCCCGCACCAAGUGACGAUGGCGCUACAAAACUUCGAAAAAUACUGACUUGAGCCUGGUGUCGUGGGCAAAAAGCUGAUUGGAGACGGUGGUGCCGAUAUCUUGUUUCGAGUGUGCAGCAGCACGCAGGGGCGGGGUCGGCCCGUUGGGUUGGAGAGCAGGACGCACGGGGACAAUCAGCGUGCAAUGCAUAACCCACUCCGUUUUUUCUUCUUUUAGGGCGAGACACCGUUUCCGCGGCGAAGGACUUUGCGGUCCCCAUCGGUCGUGGUAACGGUGACCGUGGUGUGAGGUGUGAGGUGGUUUGUGUCCCUCCAAUAGUCUGUCCGUCUCCAACAACGGUAAUUCGUCUUCCAACCCGACUUGAAGCUUCAGUCAGGGACUACAAGUGCCCAAUACACCCCGCCUCCUCGCGGUUAGCGUUGACCCCACCUCGGACGUCGAAUUCGUUCGAGGAAACGUUUUUCCUCGAGAGGACAAGGUUGAUUGUGUUGACAUCGAAUACUACCGUGUUUGACAGCUGCGGCAAUGUGGCAAAGGGACUUCACUCCCGCUGGCUGGCGACGUGGUAGGGGGCCACAAUGCGUAGACUGCCCAUGGGUUGCCCAUGAGAACCAUUCCGUUGCCCGCCGGUCACGAAAGACAGUCACGACACGAACUACAGCCGGUUGAAUGCAUGGGACGACAGACAAAAACGCGAGUUACGC